GGCUAACUUAACUACAGCAGUCUAGUAGGUGGACUUACUGCGUCAGAGUCGACCAGAGACCUGAAAUCGUUCCCUAAAACCUAAAAGCAAGUGCGAAGAAAUAAGCUGGUUUACACUAGCUCGCAGAAAAUAUUGGAAAUUGAAUUGGAUAGUGUGAAACACAGCGGUAUUUUAAGAGUAACGACACAGACUUUGAGGAUCCUUUUCCUGCUCGAGCUGCAUACCAAGUAGCUUGCCUGCCAAAAAAUGGGAAAAUAGAGAUAGAAGCAGUGGCGAUGCGCGAAUGAAUAAUACGUAAAUAAAGUGAAGCAGUUUUCGUAUCAAUCGCGUUUAUCUGGGAAAUUUUGAAUCUGUUUAUCAAUUUAAUGAUGAAUAAACAAAGUCGUAGUUCCUCACAACUUUGGCGUAUUCUUGCAAAUGCAAUCAGGAAUACUCGCAAGGAAGAGAGGCUUUUAGACACCCUUCAAUGUCUUGAACAAAAGUGCAGUGGACUAGAUUCUUUAGUGAUGAAAGUUUUUGAAAUACGUUUGUUAGGACAAACUACAGAGGUGAUUGCCAUCCGCAUAAACGUUUUAGUAAAUUUGUUUUUCUUGCAUGUCAGAGCGGCCUUUUUCGUUUGCCGACUUCAAAAUACAUUGAUGGCCGAUUACUUGAAGUCCGCAUUCAGUUACUUUUCUACUUCAAAUACUAACAAAAAUGAUAAUGAAUUCGUCGGAUGUAGCAUAUCUGUUGGACAGCUGAAUCUAAAAGUCAAACGAGUUAUUGCUGAGGGUGGUUAUGGAAUUGUUUAUGAAGCUCAAGAUGUUAAUGAAAACAUCCCAUACGCUUUAAAGCGUAUGCUUGCACACGACAAAACUUCAGCAGAUUUGAUUCUUCAUGAAGUCCGUUUGCUGAAACAAUUAAGCGGGCAUCCAAACAUCCUCAAAUUUUUUAGUGCGGCAUCCAUGGGUAGGGAAAAAAUGAAAGUUGUUGGUACUGAGUUCCUGAUAGUUACAGAGUUUUGUAAAGGUGGACAAUUAAAUGAAUAUUUACCGACACCACGAUGUGAAAAUCCAUUAUCAACCAAUGUUAUAUUACAGAUUUUCUACCAAUGUUGUCGUGCUGUUCAACAUAUGCAUAGUCAGUGCCCACCUGUGAUACAUCGAGACUUGAAAAUUGAGAAUUUAUUGCUUACUGAUCAUUUUAUCAUCAAAUUGUGUGAUUUUGGAAGUGCAUCAACAAUUACCUACAAUCCAGAUCCAUCAUGGACUGCUCUGAAACGUGGAAUUACAUCUUUCCCCAUUGAAAGUGGAUUUGAAGUACUUGCCAAUGUUAAUUCGAUUGAAGAAAUGCAAAGUAUGCUAGAUGCACGUUUUCCAGAUGCCUAUGCAGUUUACAAUCUUAGUACACGUGCCUAUCGAUCAGAUCACUGGUUUCACGGCAGAGUAUCACAUCGAGGUUUUGAGUCGCAUCGUGCUCCUUCACUAAAAUCUUUAAUUGAAUUAUGCUUAAAUGCUAGACUAUGGUUAAGCCAAAAGCCUAACAAUAUUUGUGUGAUACACUGUACUGAUGGAAAGACAUUAUCUGCAGUGUUGGCGUGCUCACUGUUAUGCUUUUGUCAGGUGUUUGAUAAUGCUUCACCUGCUAUUCAGUUGUUCGCAUCAAGACGCGGUAAUCCAGGACUGAAUGCAUCACAAAUCAGAUAUAUUGACUAUGUGGCUCAGUUGAGUCAUAAUCGUGUAUUUACCCCGCAUCAUUUUCCAUUGAACCUUAUCAGUUUGACUAUAGCACCAGUGCCAACAUUUAAUAAAUCCAAAAAUGGAUGUCGUCCUUAUGUGGAAAUAUUUGAAGGAAAAACCAGAGUUUGUUCCACCUAUACAGAUUAUGAUAAUUUGAGACCAUAUGUUCUUGAAGAUGGAAAAAUUGAGAUACUUUUGAAUGGUUUAACCGUUCUCGGUGAUCUUACAGUUAUCAUCUAUCAUUGUCGAUCUUCAUUUGCUGGACGUGGCAAAAUCAGUUCAGUAAAGAUAGCUCAAUUUCAACUACACACUGGAUUCGUUGAACAUAACCUUACUGAAUUAAUUUACUUUAAAUCAGAUUUGGAUCAUCUGGAUAACAGUGGCAGUUUUGCUGGUUUCACUAGUCGCUAUGCUGAAAGUUUUCAUGUCACUUUAGAGUUUAUGGUUUCUCCAACUGAACGACCAAGACAAAGUGAUAACCUUGUUUAUCCAUGGGAGACACUACCUUCAGAAGAUUUACUACGUCCUACACUAUGCGUAUCAAAUCCAAAAGAGUUAGCAAGUGUUUUAUCUGAUUUCGGACGGUUUAAUCACAAAGCGUCGGUUAUUUCAAAGAAAAAAGACUAUUCAGAAUGUAAUCAGUCCAAUGAAGGUAGUUCUUCAUCACAAGACCAACUUCAUACUGAUAAAACGACGUCAAAAUCUGAAAUUGCUACAGAUGUAUCUGGCAGUACAAACCGAAAGGAUACAGAGGUACAUAAUCUUCUGGUACCUAACUUGAUCAGUGAUGUAUCAAUAAAUGAUACUGAUCCACCCAUCUCUCCUGAAAACUCAAAUAAGCCAUCUGUUAAUAAUAAUGUGAAUUUUUUUGAUGAUGAACCCUGUGAUAAUAUUAACCUACCAUCAUCUUCUAAAGAACAGUCGAACACUGAGUCAGAUUUCGUUGAUCUGCUGGGAUUGCAUACAGAAUCUUAUGUACCCACCACAGACAAUACUAAUGAACCAAUUUUAAUUGAUGAUGGAGUCAAUCCAGUGAACAGUCAAAAUAAAGCAAGUGAAUUAAAAACAGAAAAACAAUUAUUUGCUGAUGAUUUAUUUACAUUUUCUCCAACUGCUGGAAACAGUUCAAAAAUCGAUCUCGGUUGGGAGGAUGCUUUUGGAAAAACAUCAGAAAACACUGCUACUAGUGUUAAGACCACUACUGCCAGCUCUUCGAACAAUCCUUUCGAUCCAUUUGGAAUAGCUACAUCCGGUUCUGAGUCCAAUUUCUUUUCAGUUCCAAAUUUCCCUAACUCCCAAGCACAGGAUAAGAAUAGUAUGCCUAAAGAUUACUUUGAACAAGCUGGUGGUCACUUAAGUGGAAGUGUGAGUGCCACUAAUCUAAACCCGUCUAAUGUCAAUCCUCUGUUCACAUCCGCUUCUUAUUCGAAUUUAUCUGCGACUACUGAGACUGCAUCGAAUACUAAUGCCGCCUCUGCUGCCAUGGGUAGUCGUGAUAGUCCUGACCCUUUCGCAGAUUUCGCUAGUGUUCUUCGAGAUCGGUUGAAUAAUCAAAAUUAUACUCCCACUACAACACCUGUGUCAAAUAAAACACCAACCACAUUGGGUGGUUUUUCCGCAGGUCCUAGCCCUGUACAUCAUUCUAGGUCCGGUAUGGAUCCAAAGAUUACAAAGUCUUCCACAAAACCAGAUACAAAUCAACAAGAAAACACUACUAAUACUUCGCAUGUUAAUGAAAAGUCCAAUCAGCCUCAUUCCUCUCGGUCAACUUUUGCAAGUACUCCGACAACAUCAAUCCCAAGUAGCGGAACUGGAGCUAGACCUCAAGUUAAAAAAGAUGCAUUCUCAGAUCUACUCGGCGGAUUCGGUUCCUCUCGAACGGCUAAUACAGAUGAUAAACAGCCUAAGACAGUGAAUCAAAUUCGUCGCGAGAAAAUGGCUAAAACUACAGACCCUGAACAAAUGAAGGUCUUUGAUUGGGCAGAGGGUAAGGAUCGUAAUCUCAGAGCAUUAUUGUGCUCUCUUCCUACUAUAUUAUGGGAUGGUGUACGUUGGAAUCACGUUGGCAUGGCUGAUCUUAUAACGCGAGAUCAGGUUAAACGUCAGUAUCGUAAUGCUGCUCGUGCAGUUCAUCCUGAUAAAUGGAUGGGUACACCAUAUGAGAAUAUGGCUCGCUUGGUAUUUGUUGAACUGAAUGAUGCUAUGGCUGAAUUUGAUAAGGAUGGGAAUAAUAGUAAUAAUUCCACAACAAAUAUGAAUUUGUGA